AAAUGUGAACUUUGAUUUCUGCAGAAACAACUUGUGAGGACGACGUGUUUGGAGUUGGAAAAGAAGAAGAUAUUCUAACAGUUUCCUGUGAUGAAGGGAAAGUUGGUCAAAAACAGUAUAAGUGCACAAACAGUAAAUGGGUUCUUCUGCAGGACAACUGUGUUUUAGAAGACUUCAAAGACCUGGAAGACCAAUCAGAGGGCAUAAAUGGAGGGGAUCUUCCUACAUUUGUUGAGCAGCUCAGUAAUGCCACACUGCAGAAUGAUGUUCUAGUUGUUUCUUCACAAGCAACUGUCACAUCUAUUGUGACCAUACUUGACAAUAUUGCAACAGCUUCCAGUACAAUCAAAGUGGACCAGGAGGUGAUGGAGAAUUUCCUUCAAACUGUAAAUGUCAUUGUGUCCCCAAGCGCGAAUAAUGUCUGGAAUGACUUAAACAGUGAUACCAAUGAAACUCGUAAAAAUGUCAGCUCUAACUUGUUGCUUGCCGUGGAAAAAAUGGCAGGUGCACUCGCAGAUGAAGACACAUAUCAGAUUAUGACAGAAACCCUUUCUUUGAACAAAGCUGUGGUGACUGAAGCCAAUAAUUUGCUCGUGAUAAACUCAUCUGAAAUUGAAAUCCCUGCUACAGAGCUAUCUGGGAGGAACACCUCAGUCACGGUCGUUGUAUUUUUUUCCCUUAAUAAUGUUAUCCCAGUCAGAACUUUACAUGACUCCAUAGACAAUACCCUAAAUGGCAACGUUAUUUUGGUCAAUACAAGUCAACGCCUUGACAACAUCUCUCUGACCUUUGAGAAAAACAGUACUGAAUUGGCAAACCCCCUUUGUGUCUUUUGGAACUUUGAUCUUUUCAACAAAACUGGUGGAUGGGAUUCAUUCGGGUGUGAGCCGAAGUUCGAUGGAAAUAUCACAGUCACAUGCGAGUGCAAUCACACAACUUCCUUUUCCAUUCUCAUGUCACCGUAUAUUCCACCCGAAGCCGAAGCGGCCCUGAAAGUCAUAACGUAUGUUGGAGUUGGAAUAUCAAUGGGCAGCUUGGUCAUCUGCCUAAUAAUUGAGAUCAUUGUUUGGCGUGCCAUGACAACGAAUGACACAGCCUACAUGCGACACGUCUGCAUUGUUAACAUUGCUCUGUCCCUCUUGAUUGCUGACAUCUGGUUCAUCGUAGGAGCAGCUGUAGCGGAUGAAAAUGGAGCAGCCGUGGGGCCCUGCACUGCAGCUACUUUUUUUGCCCACUUCUUUUAUCUGGCAAUGUUCUUCUGGAUGCUGAUAUCUGCCCUACUGCUCUUGUACCGCAUUGUGUGGGUCUUCUCGCACAUAUCCAGGUUAGCCAUGAUGCUAAAUGCCUUCUUUAUUGGCUACGGUGGCCCUCUCAUUAUAGCAGUGGUAACUGUGUCAUCGACAGCUGGACGCGAUGGCUAUAUCAACUCAAAUAAUACGUGCUGGCUAAACUGGACUGAGACUAAGGCUCUGUUGGCCUUUGUGAUCCCUGUCUUGGUCAUUGUGGUCAUCAAUUUUUGUGUCAUGAUCGUGGUCCUGGUCAAAAUGCUCAAAAGAGGAGUGGGAGACACUGUACAAAAUGAUGAAAAACACAACCUAAAGGUCAUUGCAAAAUGUGUGGCCAUAUUAACUCCACUGUUUGGCCUUACCUGGGGAUUUGGCAUUGGCAUCUUGAUUGCUCCGGAUAGUUUUGGACUCCAUGUUGUUUUUGCAUUCCUUAAUUCUUUGCAGGGUUUCUUCAUUUUGGUGUUUGGGACCCUCUUGGAUAGUAAGGUUCGAGCUGCUUUGGCCAGAAGACCACUGAUCUCAAGCUCUGGAUCUGGACAACCAAGAAACACAAGUGGAGGAGUGUCAUCUUCAAAUGGUUUGGGCAUCUUUCAAAGGAUUAGAAGAAGAAGGGGCAACAACAACUAAUGACAAUGAGCCACUCCACCUCUUCAGAUUCUUCUGUCAGUUCCUAGCAGUUUAAUACCUUAAACUAUGGAUAGUUACUUGGCAGUUUUUAAAAAUGGACAGAAUAGAUUGAAUAAUGUCACUUAUCUAUGGAGCUUAACAAAAAAGUCACACUCGUUUAACUGAGACCUUCAUAUGCACAAUAGUGCAUUAGACUUGUGUUCACAUAGGUUAUACAUAUACUACAAAGAGAUUAUUUUAAGAAAUCUGUUUAUGUUUAAUCACCCUUUAAUGUUUUA